AUGAUGCAUAUGAUCUACUCUGCUGCAGACAAUGUUGUCAUCUGGCUUGGACCAGGAAACCCUCACACUGACUUUGCCCUCGACUUGAUGAACUCGGCCGAAUUUCGAAAACGACUAUGGGAAUUACCUUUCCUGGGUCGACAACCUUUUGAGAAUGAAAUAUUACUGGAUGUUAUCUUCAAACAUGACUUAUGUAGACGGGACUGGUGGCAACGGCUCUGGGUACGACAAGAAUUUAUUCUCGCAACCAACGAGCCCAUUAUCUGUUGUGGGAGCCGCGCAAUUGCAUGGAGUGACAUUGUAGGUUGUUUUGCCUCUCUGCCGAGACUUUGGAACUACCCAGAUUGUGCAAAAAUAUGGGAAGACUGCCGAAACCGACUUUCAAGUGUACUCAGUCGCAGGCAUGACACUGUUGGGAUCCAUCCCAUGUCACUGGACCGAAUCCGAAACUCGUUUCACGAAAGCAAAGCACUUCCGCUGCAUGAUGCCUUUCGUUACGUACUUCGCAACUCGGCGGCGACGAACCCUCGCGACCUGAUUUACGGGUUGCUCGGUUUGCUGGAGAAGCAUGACCGGGAUCGAUUGACAGUUGACUAUACGCUGGAACCCAUGACUGUAUAUCGGCAGGCGGCCUACCUGCUCUGGGCCGAGCACUCAGAGCAGCUGCUGUCUACUCUCUUACCUACACUCAGUUUCAGAGGGAGCAGCUCAGUGCAUCCGUCUUGGGUGCCGGAUUUUGCAGCAUCCAAGAUCCGGGGUUGGCAGGAUCACAAGACUAUGCAAGCUGACAAGCCAUGGGGACGACAGAGUAAUUCUCUGUUUGACAACAACAAGAGCAUAUUGAGAUUGAAUGGAGUGUUGUUCGACACAGUGGAGUCUACCACUCAGGCCCCAGAUACAUUUGACGACAUCCAAGAAAUACUUCCAUUUCUCAGACAUGCCGAGUCUCUGUUGUCCGAAGCAGUGAAUCGACCUAUAUUGUCAGAACACCCCCUAUGGCCAAUGCGAGAUCUGAAAAACCAGGAGAGCGUUUUGAAAACGCUAACGAAGAGUGCUGUAUCUUCCGAAGACUUGUUCCCCGGGUUCAGCGAUCAAUCCAUAUGGGAUUUAUUACUGAGCACCAGGGUACAGAACCAAGUGGAUGACGAUUCUGCUCAAACGGAGACUAAUAUAAGAUCUAAGCUGUUUGCUCGCCUCUCAACUAUGCUCAGGGGAAAAGUCACGGGCCGCAAAGCGCUGACGACUGCUUCCGGGUUUGUGGGUGUUGGAGUGUCACAAAUCAAGGCUGGAGAUAUCAUUACACUUAUUUUUGGGGCAACGGCGCCUUUGGUUUUGCGCUGUUCUGGAGAUGAAUUUAAUAUAGUCGGAAGUGCUUAUAUAUCAGGCUUGAUGGAUCCGGAAAUUCUCGACUCGUAUACUGAGCGGCUCAAAUCACGAGAGACAUUUUUCAACAUUGGUUGA